CGGAGCGCGGGGACCUCGGAGGGAACCCGGCGCGGCGGAUGCGGCGGGCACCAUGAACUCCCCAGCCGGGCUGCUGUCGGGGGCUGCAUCUCCCAGUGGCGAGGAUGGCUUCUUCCCCUUUGUGAUGGAGCGGCGGGACUCGUUCCUGGGGGGUGGCCCCGGACCCGAGGAGCCCGCUGACCUCGCCCUGCAGCUGCAGCAGAAGGAAAAGGACCUGUUGCUGGCUGCAGAACUGGGCAAGAUGCUUCUGGAACGCAGCGAGGAGCUGCAGCGGCGGCUGGAGGCGCUGAGCGCGCAGCACGCAGAGCGGGAAGAACGGCUGCAGCAGGAGAACCACGAGCUCCGCCGCGGUCUGGAAGCGCAGGGCGCCGAGUGGGAAGCGCGGGCCGGGGAGCUGGAGGGCGACGUGCAGGCCCUGCGCGCGCAGCUGGGGGAGCAGCGCUCCGAGCAGCAGGACAGCGGACGCGAGCGGGCGCGGGCCCUGGGCGAGCUCAGUGAGCAGAACCUCCGGCUCAGCCAGCAGCUGGCUCAGGCUUCCCAGACAGAGCAGGAGCUGCAGCGCGAGCUGAACGGCCUUCGUGGGCAGUGCCAGGCACAGGCCCUCGCAGGGGCAGAGCUAAGGGCACGGCUGGAGAGUCUGCAGGGGGAGAACCAGAUGCUGCAGAGCCGCCGGCAGGACCUGGAGGCGCAGAUCCGAGGCCUGCGGGAGGAGGUGGAGCAGGGCCAGGGCCGGCUGCGGGCAAACCACGAGGAGCUGCUGCUGCUGCGGAGGGAGAAGCGGGAGCACAGCCUGGAGCUGGAGCGCGCGCGCGCCGAGGCCGGGGAGGCGCUGAGCGCCCUGCGGAGGCUGCAGCGGCGCGUCUCUGAGCUGGAGGAGGAGUCACGCCUCCAGGAAGCCGACGUGUCGGGGGCUUCGCUGCAGUCGGAGCUCGCCCACAGCCUAGACGGCGAGCAGGCCCAGGGCCAGGACACGGAAGGCCGCGCGAGCCCCCCGACCACGCCAUCCCCGGAGACCCAGGAGCCGUGCGCAUCGGAGCCCCCCAGGAAGCGAGCAUCCCUGAGUCCGGGGGAGGUGCUGGAGGAGAAGGAGGCGGAAGUGGCCCUGCUGCAGGAUGAGAUCGCUCUGCAGCGGACAGAGCUACAGGCCCUGCGCGAGGAGCUGCAGAGGCAGAAGGAGCUGCGGGCGCAGGAGGACCCCGAGGCGGCGCUAAGCAGCGCCCUCUCGGACCGGGACGAGGCUGUGAGCAAGGCGCUCGAGCUGAGCCUGGAGCUCAGCCGCGUGUCGCUGGAGCGGGACUCCCUGUCGCGGGAGCUGUUUCGCGCCAUCCGCCAGAAGGUGGCGCUGACGCAGGAGCUGGAAGCCUGGCAGGACGACAUGCAGGUGGUCAUCGGGCAGCAGCUGCUGUCGCAGCGCCAGAAGGAGCUGAGCGGCCCGGGGCCCGCGCCUCGCCGCGCCGCGCCCCGCUUUUCGCUGCGCCUGGGCCCGGGGCCGGCCCGCGGCUUCCUCAGCAGCCUCUUCCGAAGGACCUGAGGCCCCGGCCGCGGGCGCUGCGCUCGCCCCCUCUGGAGCUCUUGCCGCUGGCCAAAGGAGCGGCCAGGCCUGGGUGGUCUCCCGUGGGGGGCCGGUGCCCUCCGGGGAGUCUGG